CUUCAAAUUUAAUAGAUAAACUUUGACAAUAUACAAAAACAUCCCAAAACCACUAUAAAGAAAAGAUGUUUUAGCUGAUGCAAAAUGUAAAGCUAAGAAAACUUUUUGCUAUUACUGAUAUUUAAUAGUCCACUACCAUCUUAUCUCCGGUCAAAGUUUCUUUCUGCCGUUUAACUGAUAAAGAGAAAAGAAGAAACAGAAUACACUGGCAUAUAUAAAUAUAUGUAUACAUAUACUGGCAUAGUAUUUGCAGUAUCUAUCUAACUUUUCUUUGAUAAAAUGCAGUCAGAUAAUAUAUUGGUUUUACGUUUAGUUCUAAAACCGAUGUUAGAGUGUAUAAACAUUUCUUGUAACUUCUAAUGUGCGUCAAAAAGUCAUGCGCAACUGACAAUUCUUUAUAUUAAAAUCACCAAUUUUAAAACAAAGAUCAAGCAGACUGAAAAGAACAAAGUGUUACCAUACUUCGAAACGUUCUCGAAAAACCAGAAACAAACUUACAACUACAACACACUUUAAAAUACUUCAAAUUUACUCAAAUCAAAACAAGCCUCUUUUUAUACUACAAAACAUGAUAAUAACAAUAAUAUUAUUGUUGAUUGUUUUUACAAUAAUGUAUGAUUUUUAUUUACACCGUACAAGAAAUGGGCGACUUAUCGAUCUUAUACCAGGUCCACCUGGUAUUCCAGUUUUCGGGUCGGCACUUUUAGCUCAAGCUUCACAAGAAGAUAUAUGGCACCUUAUACAUUUUUACACGGACAUUUAUUAUCCUGUUGGAAAAGUCUGGUUAGGUUUAAGGAAUUGUGUAUCCAUUCGUCAUCCAGACGAUUUAAAAACAAUUUUAAGCAGUCCAAAACAUAUCGAAAAAAAUAUAAUAUACGAUAUGUUACGUCCGUGGCUUAACGAUGGACUUCUUACUAGCAAAGGAAGCAAAUGGUACACUCGAAGAAAAAUAUUAACGCCUACAUUUCAUUUUAAUAUACUGCAACAUUUCGUUGACGUUUUUGUCGAAGAGAGCAACCAUAUGAUAACAACUCUAAAAGAAUGUGAAGAAGCAGUUAUAAAAGAUUUAGUCCCAUUUCUUAGCGAGCACACACUAAAUGCAAUAUGCGAAACCGCCAUGGGUAUUUCUUUGCGUAGUUGUGACACGUUCCAGGAACAAUAUCGAAAAUCAAUAGAAGAUAUGGGUCGCUUUGUUGUACACAGAUUACAAUCUCCUUGGCUGUAUCCCGAGUGGUCGUUCGCAUUAUCUCCAACAGGUAGAAAGCAAGCUAAAACGUUAAAAAUAUUACAUGGAUUUACUGAAAAAGUCAUUAAAGAAAGAAAACUAUAUCACGAACGAACACAGAACCAAUAUUUAAAAAGCAGUGAAACUGGUAUAUCGACAGAAACAGAUGAUGUAGAAGUGAUCGGAAUUCGUAAAAAGCGACUCGCUAUGUUGGAUCUUUUAAUAGCGGCAUCUCGUGAAAAUAAUAUAACCGAUUUGGACAUCAGAGAGGAAGUCGACACCUUCAUGUUCGAGGGUCACGAUACUACGGCAAUGGGUGUGUGUUUUGCUUUACUCUUACUAGCUGAGCACAAGGAUAUUCAGGAUCGUGUCAGGACUGAAGUUGCUGAUGUGAUGAAAGAAAAUGNAGGCAAAUUGACUAUGGCGUCCUUACAAAAGCUACCGUAUUUAGAAAGAUGCUUAAAAGAAGUGAUGCGAUUGUAUCCCAGUGUACAUUUCAUAUCCCGCCUUAAUUCAGAAGAGAUACAAUGUCAGUCGUAUACGAUUCCAGCUAACACAAUUUUGCACCUUAAUAUCUAUGGCGUCCAUAGAGAUGCUAACUUCUGGCCAAACCCGAACGUAUUCGAUCCCGAUCGAUUUUUGCCUGACCGAAUGCAAAAUCGCCAUCCUUAUUCCUACUUAUCGUUCAGUGCGGGACCACGGAAUUGCAUAGGUCAACGGUUCGCUAUGUACGAAAUGAAGACUAUGAUCGCAUCUCUAGUACACCACUUCUACAUAGAGCCUGUAGAUCCUUUGAAGAAUCUAAAAAUGAAAGCAGAUUUGAUACUUCGUCCUGCUCAUCCGGUUCGUGUAAAAUUCGUGCCGAUCAAAUAAAUAUAGAGACACCUAAAGACAAAAAUGGGACAACUUGAGGUUUUGGUUAUAAACUGUUAUAUAUUAAAGAUUGUAUGUAUAAGUGAAAUA